GGACAAAAGAGAUAAUUAAAAAAGAGAAUUGAGGAGAUAAAGAAGAAUAAACAAAGAAUGGAAGCCUGAGAGGAGGACGAAGAAGGAAGAAGAAGAAGAAGAGGCGUGUGUUUAGAAAGAAGGAAGAGGAGGAGGAGGUGAUAACUUUACGUGUGGAGGAAGAGAAGAAGAGGAGGAAGAGGAGGAGGAGAAGAGGUAAAACUCCCCUCCAUUGAGAAUAUAAGGAGAGGGAGAGAGAGAGAAGGAAUAACCAUACGUGUGGAGGAAAGAGGAAGAAGAGGAGGAGGUGGAGGAAAGAAGUGGAGAGAAAAAAUAAGUGUUAAUGGAGGAAAGAAAGAAGUGGAGAGGUAAAAUUCCCCUCCAUUGAGAAUAUAAGGAGAAGGAAUAACUUUAUACGUGUGGAGGAAAGAGGAGGAGAGAGAAGAAGUGGAGAGAAAGAAUAAGUGUUAGUGGAGGAAAGGAGAGGAGGAGGAGGAGGAGGAGAGUUCAGUAUUCUCCCUCCCAUGCUAAUAUAAGGAGAGGGAGAGCACCAGACCACCAUGAUGAGGCUCUCCCUAGGCAUGUUUGGUCUCAUCUGGACAACCCUGUACUGGUGGCUGCGGCCGCUGGUUAAGUGGGUCCUGCGGCGCACCACUGGCCUGUGUGAGCUCCAGCGUGUGUGUUACGGCGAGCAGAAGGGUGCGACGCGGACCUGUGGCGUGGAGUUCUCCCUCCAGCACAGCCGCAGUCCAGAGAUCCAGAAGUGCGUCAAGUACAUCGACGGGAAGUGCCAGGAACGCAGCCUCAGCCAGGAGCUCAUCUACUAUGUCGUCUUCGCCAUCGUCAAGAUUAAGGGCAUCAACACCAAGGCUCAUAAGGGGUUCUCCGAUGUGUUGGGUGAGUGCCUGACGCAGAUCUGGGGUUACCGACAGCUGGUGGCGGAGGUUGAGGCGCGGCGCAAAGAGCCUUACGAUGCUGUCAAUCCCCAACACGAACAGAAGCUGAAGGCACUCUGGGACCACAUGAUGCCAGACACGCACCUGGAGGCACGGGUCACCAAGCAGUGGCAGAUGAUUGGCUUCCAGGGCGACGACCCACAGACUGACUUCAGAGGCAUGGGUGUGCUGGGCCUGGAGAACCUGCUGUUCUUCGCAGAGCAACACAACAGCGCAGCGAGACACGUGCUGGCCAGGUCACUACAUCCAAAGUGGGGGUAUUCGUUCGCCAUCGUGGGCAUCAACAUCACACACCUCGCUUACAGCCUCCUGCUCGCCGGGGACGCAAAGACGCACUUCUACAAUGCCUCCAAGCGCUUUCUGGAGGUGCGGGCGUUCCACCAAUUCUACUGCCACCUCUUCUUUGCCUUCGACGAGAUGUGGCGGCAGGAACGGCCUCGCGACAUCAUGGAGUUCUCGCGCGUGAGGGACAAGUUUGAGGCUCAGGUCAAGCAGAAACUUAAGAAUCCAAUGGCAUUUUUCAAGUGCCAUUUUGUGCUGGAGAAUGUUUAGUGUGUGAGGAGGAGGAGGAGGAGAGAGAGGAAGGAAGAGGAGGAAAAAUAUGCUUGUGUGUAAUGGAGAAUGUGUCAUGAAAGAGAAAGAUAGGAGAGGAAGAAAGAAAAGGAAGGAAGGAAAGAAAAGAAAGCAAGAUAUCAAUUCAAAAAGGAUAGAAAUAUAAAAAAAAAGGAAAGCUGAAAGGAAAGAAUAGGAAGAGAAAGCAGGAUAUGAAUGCAAAAGUGACAAAAAUAAAUAAAAUGAAAUGAAAGAAGAAACAAAGGAAGGAAAGAAAAGGAAGCAAAACAGACAAAAAAAUGAAGCUAUAUUAUUUUCUCCUAGAAGUCAAAAGGAAGGAAGGUCUUUAUCUUAUAACUAAAAGCACCUUAUAUAUAUAUACACACACACAUGCACCAUUAUGCUUGCUUGACGCCACAGAGGGAGAGAAAAGAGGAGAGAAAAAGAGGGUGGGAGAGAGAGAGAGAGAGAGAGAAGUACAGGAACAUGAGGAGGAGGAGAAGGAGGAAGAGAAAACAGAAGAGAAAGAAUAUGAUACGGAAAGAUUAUUAUUAUUAUUAUUACUAUUAUUAUUAUUAUUAUUACCUUGACCAGUGAUAUAAAUAGGGACCUCUAUGUUCUAAUUAUAAGCUUGUAAUUACUAUAGCACAAACAAACACCAUUGAAGGUAUUUUGAUGUUUGCACCACUGAGCUUGUGUGUGUAUGUGUGUGUGAGAGAGAGAGAGAGAGAGAGAGAGAGAGAGUAGAUAUUGUAUAAAAGAAUGUAUAUGUAGAAGAAUGCGAGAAAGAAAAGAAAGGAAGAAAUAGAAAGAAAGAGAGAAUUAAAGGAAUGUAGGAAGGAGAGGAAAUUAGAAAAAAAAAAAAAUCAAAUCGAGAAAGAAAAGAAAAUUAAAAGAGAAAGAAAAAAAAGAAAGAAGGAAAGAAAGGAAAGAAAAGAAAUAAAUUACAGAUAAAUCUAUAUAUACAGUAACCAGCAGUGUACAUUUGAGUGCCAGGUAGUGCCAAUAUUAAAGACCUUAGUGAGUGCCAUUCAAGAGUGUGAUAAGUGCCAUAGUAAGGUCUUGGCACUAAUGAGAAGGAGUUAUAUUAGAAGAUUGAGUGCCAUAUGAGAGAGAGAGAGAGAGAGAGAGAGAGAGAGAGAGAGAGAGAGAGAGAGAGAGAGAGAGAAAG